GCCAACUUUCAUUUCUCACCAUGGAUUCCUCCUCCAGAUAAAUACCUAAUAAACCUUCUUCACCCUUCCAUCAAAGGCUUCUCUCUCUCUCUCCUUCUCCCCGUUCGCAAGCAUGCAACCAGGAGAUGGGACUGAGAGAAUUUUGCAAUUUAAUCUCAUUGCUUUAGUUAUUGUAGGACUGCUCAUCAGCACUUCAUGGGCAGAAGACAGGCUUUUCGAUCCAUCCAAGUUGAAAAUGUUUGUAGAUGAGCUUCCGGAUAUGCCCAAAAUCCUAGGCUUUGAUGUUGUGUCUGGUGUUCCCAAAUCCAAGGCACUCAAGAUUGGCAUGUUCGAGAAGAAAUGGAAAUUCCAUCGAGAUCUUCCUCCCACGCCGGUUUUUGCCUACGGUGUAUCCAAGCACGCGGCGACUGUUCCUGGUCCAACAAUCGAGGCCCUCCAUGGCAUCGACACCUAUGUGACGUGGCAUAAUCACCUCCCUAAAAAACACAUACUUCCGUGGGACCCCACCAUCCCAACAGCCACUCCGGCUGAUAAGAAGGGUAUUCCUACGGUGGUUCAUCUCCACGGCGGUAUCGAUGAGCCUGAGAGUGAUGGGCAUGCAAACUCAUGGUUCACAGCUGGAUUCAAAGCGAGAGGGACCACGUGGACCAAGAAAAAGUAUCACUACCACAACCAACAACACCCUGGAAAUUUGUGGUAUCACGAUCAUGCCAUGGGAUUAACGAGGGUCAAUCUCCUUGCUGGCUUGAUUGGGGCCUACGUAAUCCGUCACCCUGAAGUGGAGGCCCCACUUGGACUCCCUCAAGGUGAUGAGUUCGAUCGACCGUUGGUCGUAUUUGAUCGUAGCUUUCGCUCCGAUGGUUCCCUGUACAUGAAUUCCACUGGAAACAAUCCCUCCAUACACCCCCAGUGGCAGCCAGAGUAUUUUGGUGACGCUAUCGUAGUGAAUGGGAAAGCCUGGCCACGUAUGACAGUACGACGUCGUAAAUACAGGUUCCGUAUCAUCAAUGCAAGCAACGCUCGAUUCUUCAGGUUCUUCUUUACCAACGGCCUGGGAUUCAUCCACGUGGGAUCUGACUCGGCUUACCUUAAUGAACCGGUGAUGACCAAUGCUAUUUUACUGGGCCCAUCCGAGAUUGCUGACGUGGUUGUUGACUUUUCAAAGUCAAAGAAUGGCAUUGCUAUUCUGGCCAACGACGCACCCUACCCGUACCCAUCCGGCGACCCCGUUAACGAGGCCAACAGCAAAGUCCUCAAGUUUAUCAUCCUUAGACGUCAUGAGGUUGACACGUGGCGAGUACCCAAGAAGCUGAUGGAAUAUCCGCGUCCAAAUUUAUCCGGUGCAUCGUUCACUCGAUACAUCGCUAUGUACGAGUACACGAGCGACAUCGAUGAACCAACUCAUCUAUACUUGAAUGGGAAGCCGUACGAGGCACCCGCGACGGAGACCCCGAAAGUGGGGGCCACGGAGGUGUGGAACAUAAUCAAUCUAACGGAGGAUAAUCAUCCUUUGCACAUUCAUCUGGGGCUGUUUGUGGCGUUGGAUCAGACGGAGCUGGUGAAUGCGGAUGAGUUCAAAAGUUGCAUGACAAAACUCAACGAUGCGAUUAAGUGCCAGAUAAGCAAGUACGCACGUGGCAAGAAGAUAGAGGUGCCAGCAUACGAGAAGGGGUGGAAGAACGUGUUCAAGAUGAGACCCGGAGCAGUGACAAGGAUUCUAGUGAGGUUUUCUUACAUUCACUCAAACGCAUCCUACCCUUUUGAUGCAACUUCGCAGCCCGGUUACGUGUACCAUUGCCACAUAUUGGAUCAUGAAGACAAUGCGAUGAUGAGGCCCUUGAAAUUCUCCAAUUGAGAAUACCCAGAGAUUUGACUUAGAGAGAGCCUAUUGAUCAUAAUUCAAAUCUGAAUUAUCAAUAAAUUAAAUAACCCUGCUUCGUGGUUUUGUGAUU